AUGGGCCUGCUCACAGUGAUUCAAAAAAACAAGUGUGCGUGCACGCAGGGUGCUCAUAACGCAGACAAAGACAAAGAAGUACGUGUCCUUUUUCUCGGCUUGGAUAAUGCCGGAAAAACUACGACCCUCAAGCACCUGAUGAACGAGCCUAUUGACACGGUGAGUCCCACAUUUGGGUUCUCCAUCAAGACAUUCAUGCAUAUGGGCGUAGGGGAUGUGGGUGGCCAGCGCUCGCUACGCCCAUACUGGCGCAACUACUUUGAGAAAACGGAUGCGAUUGUCUGGGUGGUUGACAGUGGCGAUCCCGCGCGGCUAGAGGAUUGCCGCAAGGAACUGUGGAAUUUGCUGGGAGAAGAGAGACUCGCUGGUGCGACGGUCCUUAUCCUCGCCAACAAGCAAGAUAUACCCGGCGCGUAUACGCCGGAGAUGAUCAAAAAAGCGCUCCAAUUAGAAGACAUUCAUGCACAUUCGUGGCGUAUUCAGGCGGCCAGUGCGGUAACAGGUACGAAUAUCAACGAAGGGAUGGAUUGGCUUCUCAAGGAUAUCGCAUCGCGUCUGUAUUAUUACGGGCCAGAAAGUAGUGCCUAA